CCUGUUUGAAUUUCGCAUAUUGACUCUUCUGUCUAUACGUCUCACACAAUUCGUACCCUUUGCAUGGGAAGAUAGACAGCACCCCACACACGAUGCACCCGAAUCCAAGUCAGGCGGCAGCAACGUUGACGCCUCUGCGCCGGUUUGCUGGACAUGCAACCACUACAUGCUCUGCACAAGCUUCCGCGUACGGGAAAUGCAUCCUGGCAACGUAUACGGACGUGCGGAAGGAUGCAUGCAAGGAGGAAUUUGCAAAGUUCGGUGCAUGCCUUCGGGAGACGAUGAAGCGGAAGUGGUGACCCACGCGUUCGUCCACGAUGUUCGACGGGGAAACUCGCAGCUAUACCAG